UUGGUGUUAGAGUGGCCAAGGCAGGUCUGGAACAGAUGAGGGUCUGCGGACGGUCAGCCCACACCAGAAUCUCCUGAAACUUCACUUCAGCACAGCCUGGUGAGGACGUUAUGCAGGCGCUCAGAACCUUGGUCUACUUUCUCUGGCAUGUUGCAAGUGCUCAGUGCUUGGUCGUGGAAUGAAUGGGAAGAUAACCCUGUCUGCUGAAUGGUCCAAGUUCAGCAGGAAGCAGAGACAGGAACUGGCCUCCAUGCUCCCAACAGUGGCCUACAUCCACAGAGGCUUGUUCCAUUCCUGUGCUGGACUCUCUGUGCGCAUGACCAGCAGUGGGAUAGGCCAAAAGGGCAUCCUGGCCAAUCGGGUGGCUGUGGUCACGGGGUCCACUGAUGGGAUCGGCUUUGCUAUCGCCAGGCGCCUGGCCCGGGACGGGGCCCUCUUGGUGGUCAGCAGCCGGAAGCAGCAGAACGUAGACCGGGCAGUGGCGGCGCUGCAGGGGGAGGGGCUGAGUGUGGUGGGCACCGUGUGCCACGUGGGGAAGGCCGAGGACCGGGAGCGACUGGUGGCCACGGUCGUGGAGCACUGUGGGGGUCUCGACUUCCUGGUGUGCAGUGCAGGUGUCAACCCGCUGGUGGGAAGCACCCUGGGGGCCAGUGAGCAAGUGUGGGACAAGAUCCUGGAAGUGAAUGUGAAGGCCCCGGCCCUGAUGCUGAGCCAGCUGGUGCCCCACAUGGAGAAGAGGGGGAGGGGGGCAGUCGUCCUGGUCUCCUCCAUUUCAGCAUAUGUACCACGAGUGGAGCUGGGUCCCUACAACAUCAGUAAGACGGCCCUGCUGAGCCUCACCAGGACACUGUCAUUGGAGCUGGCCCCCAAGGGCAUCCGGGUGAACUGCCUGGUUCCAGGAGUAAUCAAGACUGACUUCAGCAAAGUGCUACACAAAAAUGAGGUUUUCUGGAACAACCUCAAGGAAGAUCACAAAGUGCAGAGGCAAGUUGGGUUUGGAACUUCGGUAAUCUGGGUACAGUUGGGGAGGAGGGGCUGGUCUAUCUCACUAGCUGACCCCUCCCUGGGCACUGGUCAUUCCUUUAGCUGAAGUCUGGUUUCUGCAGAGCCCUGGAGGAUGCAAGUAGCCCUGCCGGGUCCACCCUGUCCCCUCUUGGAAUCCACUCCCACCAGAGCAGCAAAACCAGAGUCUGAGAUCAUUGACAUGUGUUCUGUCCUCCUUCUGUCCAGGAUUGGGCAGCCUGAGGACUGUGCAGGACUUGUGUCCUUCCUGUGCUCUCCAGACGCCAGCUACAUCACCGGCGAGAACAUCGCGGUGGCCGGCUUCUCCUCUCGUCUCUGAUGGGGCUAAGGGGGUCUAGGCCUAGGAGCCUGGGGCCCAUGAAGGUCUGAAGCUCUGCCAGACAAUAAAGCUGGGGGCUUGUUUGUGCCAGGCUCGAGGAAGGACCCCCAGUAUUCUCA